CCUACCAGAGCUGCAGCUUGAGACAAGUCUCGCGCGUGUACUGAACAGGAUGAUGAUGGGGCACGCCACGUAACGGACUCACGUUACCUGUGAAUUAACUUAUUGCAGGUAGGGAGGAAUACUGGUGGAGUCUGGUACAACACUUCAUGCACGCGCAAUCAGCCCACAGUGAGAACCCAGAGUCAUGGAUGUGACGUCACAGAAGGGCGCCGUCAUCGUCAUCAUAUUUGUCAUCACCAUAGUCCCGCAGAUCAUCCCGCUUUGCCUCGUACGCAUGCGCAAUGGUCAUGUGGUGUUUUCUGCACGAGGUCAGCUGGUGUUUGACUACCUCAGCUGCUUUGCAGGCGGGGCCUUCCUGGGCACCUGCUUGUUGCACCUGCUGGCGGAGGGUCUGGAAGACUUUGAGGACUACAAGCAGCACGUGGGACUCGACCUUGACUUUCCUCUCUACGAAACCAUCGUCGGUGCCGGCGUCUUUCUCAUCGCCUUCGUGGAGAAGCUCGGUCACGCCCUCCAGGCUAAAAGGUCCCGUUCUCCUGCUAAGGAACAAAAUACUGAUUCUGUGAACGGCGCCGUUCACACCAUAACCUACAAGCCGUCUGAAGAGGUCGUCACACGUGUCCAGGAACCGAUGAAGGUCUGUGAUUGGGUAGGUCAAGGCCAGCACAAUGUUUUCAAUGUCAACGAGGUCGGAGAACAAGUGCCAGUGAAAGAGAGCAAUGGAGAGUUAGCGACAGGAAGUCCAAAUCGCUCGCAUGGGGUGAAGGUCGUGAAUCAAGUGCAGGAGGUGAAGCAGCUGGCGGGACUGAGAGCCGCAGUGUUGAUGGCCGCUCUGUCCUUCCACACAGUCUUUGACGGUCUGGCCAUCGGUCUGCAGGAGUCGGCGCAGGACGUGUGGGCGGUGAGCACGGCCAUCUGUGUGCACAAAGCUCUGGUGGCCUUCUGUCUAGGACUGGAACUCUCCAGUGCACUGCGUCACGCAUCGCUGCUGCGCCCCCUGGUGGCCAUGCUGGUUUUCUCUCUCGUGGCACCCGUUGGCGUGGGUGUGGGCAUGAUCGUCACUUCCUUCCACCUGCACGAGACGGAAGAGCUGCUGACGUCAUCCAUCCUGCAGGCGCUGGCCACCGGCACCUUUCUCUACGUCACGUUCAUGGAGAUCCUCGCGCAGCACCUGUCUCACCUCCAUGCACACGACCCCGAUGAAAGUCACGGUCACGUCCACGACUUCCUCAAGAUUGCUGUGGCGGCUGUGGGCUUUGGUGCCAUGGCGGGCAUCAAAGUCCUGGACAAGGAUAGCAUGGAAACAAACGCUGCCAAGGGUAUUUCCGUCGGAAUUUUUAUCCUCGUGUCCCUUGUCAUGGGAACGCUUCCGCUAUGCCUUGUGAACAACAGACGCAUUAAGACAAAGUUUUUGCUGUCAGUCAAGGCGAGGCUGGCCAUAUCCUUCCUCAACUGUUUUGCGGGUGGUGUCUUUCUUGGCGCCUGUCUCCUCAACCUGUUGCUGAAAGGUCAAGAGGAGUUCGCCGAGUACAGACAACGUGCUAACGUGACCAGCACGUUUCCUUUCUUCGAGCUGGCGGUGGGGUCGGGCCUGUUGCUGAUCGCCCUGCUGGAGACCGGAGUGCACGCAUGCAUGUCCAGACAUUCCAGGUCAGGCGUGAAGUCACAGGAUCGGGGUCAGCGUGACACAUCAACAGACAGUGGAAUGACCUCCCACAAUGACUCCUGCAAUCCGGGGGGUGUGCAGGCAGUUUCCUCGACAACCCAAACCUGCGAGAAAACGACGAUAGAACUGGAGGCAGCCACAGAGCUGCCUGAUGCAGGUGGCGCUCAAGACAACAAAACUGACAUUCCUCACAAAACCAACGGCAGGGACGCAGGGACAGCGCCGGAAGACCACAACGGUGAAAUCCUGUCGGAAGUGACGUUAUCUACAGACAUGGCAAGCCUCAGGGCGCUGCUGCUGGUGAUGGCGAUGUCGCUUCACGCCGUGUUUGAUGGACUGGCCGUGGGCCUGAUGGUGGCGACCAGCGACGUCUGGUCGGUGGCUGUGGGCAUCAGCGUCCACAAGGCCGUCGUGGCCUUCUGCUUGGGCCUGAAGCUGACCGAGGCCCUGCCCUGCGCUCCCGCCAAGACCGUCUUGAGCAUGUUUGUCUUCUCUUGUAUGACUCCUUUAGGCGUCGCCAUCGGUGUGGGGGUCACGGUCAGCCAGGAGAAUGCCGUGUCCGAGUCACUCAGCUGCAGUCUGCUGCAGGCGCUGGCCACGGGCGUCUUCCUGUAUGUAACCUUCUUCGAGGUGCUGGGCCCCGAGCUGGCCGUGCACCAGGGGCACCGUUUAAAGGCGCUAAAAAUAGCUGUGUCGGCGCUAGGCUUUGGCGCCAUGGCAGGGGUCAAGGUUUUAGACAAGGACUGAGACAUGUGCAGUUGGAGCUUGCCUGACAAACGAGCCGCCAUUUUGUUCUCUUAAGAGAUUUUCAUCGGAAGCGUGUGAUCACAAAAAGGACACAGACUACACACAGCCAUGCUUGGACGCGAGAGACCUCGUCCACCUUGUACUUAAGUCACAAUUUAUUCUUAUUUAUUACUUAUCAGUGAGUGAAUGAGAGAAAGAGUCCCUGUGAGUGAGGGAGAGAACGACAGGAUGUAAUUUGUUCCUCACCUCACUGUAAUAUUAAAAAAGUCUGCUCUUAUCUGCAAUUUUUCUUCUGAAAGCGAUAAGCACACUUUUUUUUUCAUCAAUGGUUGUCCAGAUACAUGACAAAUGUGCUCCAAAUAUAGCAAGGUGUGUUCCAAUAAAUUAUUUUUUUCGAUAGGAAAGUGCUUCCACCCAUAGGCGAUUUAGCGCCAUGAUGAUUUAUGAGGGACGAUUUUGGAAAAAAACCAAGACAGCCGGCCCUGAGGACAGGGGUCACUUUCCCUAAACGAGAUCUGAAUCGAGGACAUUUUCACUGCAGUGGUAAAAAAGUACAUUACCAGGCGCCCCAGUUCCAGUCAAGGACAGAUAAAACAGUAUUGCGUGAUACGUGUACAGUAUUAAGAAGGUAGUCAACACAUUCACACAUUCACUCAUACACUCACACACAAUUUAAUGUUGCUGUCAAUAUUUAAACAGCACAGCCUUGAGCUCUCACUCAUACGUACACUAACACACGCACACACCAGGAACUAGAAAAGAACAACAAAAAACAGAAAAUUAGAACACCUCUGCAGAAAUAUUCAAAUCUUGGAAACUUUCAACAGUAUCCUGUUUCUUUAAAUACAGUACUUAGGAUUUUUGGAGGCAGUAACUGAUAGGAUGAUCAUGAACUCUGAAACAGUACACGUGUGAUCGAGCUAGACGCCAUGCAGACACGAUCGAGCAUAGGGUGAUCGCCCUCGUACAGUGGUCAGAGCCGUCAUCAGCUGUACACCCAUAUCCAGCAGGCUCCUCUCCAAACCUGUCACCAUCGUCGAUUGAAAGAUGUAUCGCAGUGAAAACUUAUCUACAGUAAUUUUGUUGCAAUGUGUUUAAUUGUAUCAAGGACCGGUGUAUACUGAGACAAAAUUUACACCCAAGACCUCUGUGUGUGUGUUGUGGUGACAGGGUUUUAACCGCUACAUCAGCGGGCGCCCAGUUGAUGCGGACACGGUUAUCGUCGUGUUGUAUGAUCUGUGGGUUAGGGUUAGUUGCUAACUCAGUAGUUCUUAACCUGGGUUCGAUCGAACCCUAGGCGUUUGGUGAGUCGGUCUCAGGGGUUCGGCGGAGCCUCCUCCACGGAGGUCAAGACACACCCGCAAUUCGUGAUGACACUAAAGAAGGGUUUGGUGAAUGUGCAUAUGAAACUUGUGGGUUCGGUACCUCAAAC